AUGAUGAAGAACAUAAACAAUGUGACUGAAUUUGUCCUCUUGGGCCUCACCCAGAACAAAGAGAUGCAGAAAUUAUGUUUUGUGCUGUUUCUGUUCUUCUAUUUAGUCAUAGUCCUGGGCAACCUUCUCAUAGUUGUUACUAUAAUCUUCAGCUCCCGCUUGAACUCGCCCAUGUAUUUUUUCCUCAGCUACUUAUCCUUCGUAGAUAUCUGCUACUCUUCUGUGACGGCUCCCAAAAUGAUUACGGACUUCCUUGUUGAUAAGAAAACCAUUUCUUUCAUUGGUUGCAUAGCACAGCUUUUCGGGGUCCAUUUCUUUGGUUGCACAGAGAUCUUCAUCCUUACAGUGAUGGCAUAUGACCGGUACAUUGCAAUUUGUAAACCACUCCACUAUACCACCAUCAUGACUAAGCGGGUUUGUGGCAACAUGGUGGCAGCUUCAUGGGUUGGAGGACUUAUGCAUUCACUGCUUCAGACCCUUAUCACCACACAGCUUCCUUUUUGUGGGCCCAAUGAAAUUGAUCAUUAUUUCUGUGAUGUCCACCCUUUACUGAAGCUGGCAUGCACAGACACCUACAUAGUUGGGAUCAUAGUGGUUGCCAACAGUGGGAUGAUUGCUUUGAGCUGCUUCCUUAUCUUGGUUGUGUCAUACAUUAUCAUUUUGGUGUCCUUGAGAUCCCAGUCUUCUGAAGGGCGCCGCAAAGCUCUUUCUACCUGUGCAUCCCAUGUUACUGUUGUUAUUUUAUUUUUUGGGCCAUGUACCUUUACAUACAUACGUCCUUCCAGCAACUUCUCAGAAGACAAGACAGUAGCUGUGUUUUAUACUGUUAUCACCCCAAUGCUGAACCCUCUGAUCUACACACUAAGAAAUGAGGAGGUGAAGAAUGCCAUGAGAAAACUAUGGAGCAGGAAAGUGAUUUCAAGCGAGAAAACAAAAAUGUGA